GCCAAUCACAUAUGCGUAUUAAGGAUCAGUUUGAGGAACUCUUCUGAUAUUCAGGUUCUGGGGUAGUAUUUUCUGCAUAGCGUUUCCUGCCCUGGUGCAUGGUGGUCGAACGAAGGGAUUGUUGGAAAAUUUUCGGAGGCAGAUCAUGCUCUUAGCCCAGGUGAAUCGGGACACCCAGGGCAUGGAGUUUCAAAGUGUGGAUGGGGACCCGCAGCAGGUCACCCUUUGCCUGACAGAGGCAGUAACAGUUGCAGAUGACAACAUGGAGGGAAUGGACACAGUGAGUUUGCAGGCUGUGACUCUGGUGGAUGGCUCCACAGCAUACAUCCAGCAUAGCCCUAGAGUUUCUCUCACAGAAAAUAAAAUAAUGGAAGGACAAGUGAUUCAGCUGGAGGAUGGAUCUGCUGCUUAUGUCCAGCACCUACCAAUGUCUAAAACAGGUGGAGAAGGAUUGAGACUAGAAGAUGGGCAAGCUGUGCAACUGGAGGAUGGAACAACUGCUUACAUUCAUGCACCCAAAGAAACAUAUGAUCAGGGCGGUUUACAGGCUGUUCAGCUGGAGGAUGGCACCACUGCAUAUAUUCAACAUAUGCCUCCAUCUAACACUAUUUUGGCCAUUCAGGCAGAUGGUACUGUAGCAGACUUACAGACAGAGGGCACAAUUGAUGCUGAGACUAUCAGUGUGCUGGAGCAAUACUCUGCUAAGAUGGAGGCCACGGAUUGUAGUACUGGGUUACUUGGUCGAGGGGACUCUGAUAGUGUUCAUAUGCAGAUUGUACUGCAGGGUCAAGAAUGCCGGUCAGCUAGAGUCCUGCAUGUUGGGGAAAAGGCCUUCAGAUGUGAACAUGAGGGAUGUGGCAAACUCUAUACUACUGCUCACCAUCUAAAGGUACAUGAAAGAUCGCAUACUGGGGAUAAGCCAUACAUUUGUGAACAUAUGGGUUGUGGCAAAAAGUUUGCAACGGGGUAUGGUCUCAAGAGUCACGUCCGAACACACACUGGAGAGAAACCGUAUCGCUGUCAGGAGCUCAACUGCCUCAAGUCUUUUAAAACCUCUGGAGACUUACAAAAACACACAAGAACACAUACAGGUGAAAAACCAUUUAAAUGUACAUUUGAAGGCUGUGGGAGAUCUUUCACCACAUCCAACAUUCGUAAAGUUCACAUCCGUACUCACACAGGCGAGAGGCCGUACUACUGCUCUGAACCCAACUGUGGAAGGGCCUUUGCUAGUGCCACCAAUUACAAAAACCACAUGAGGAUUCACACAGGUGAGAAGCCUUACGUCUGCACAGUUCCUGGCUGUGACAAGCGUUUCACUGAAUACUCCAGCUUGUACAAGCACCAUGUAGUUCAUACACCCUGCAAACCCUACAACUGUAACCACUGCGGGAAGACGUAUAAGCAGAUUUCGACCUUAGCCAUGCAUAAACGGACAGCACACAAUGACACCGAGCCCAUAGAAGAGGAACAAGAAGGUUAUUUUGAGCCCCCAGCAGAGGCCAUUGAUGACCCUGGGUUAAUGUAUACUCCAACAGUGGUGGAAGAUGACUCUGGGUCUGAGCAGGUGUCAGGAUCAGAGGUCAUGGGACAACAGCAUGUGGCUCUCAUAUCUCAGGAUGGCACACAACAGGUUCUGUCUCAAGCAGAUAUUCAGGCUAUGGGAGGCACGAUUACCAUGGUAACACAAGAAGGAACCACCAUAACCAUCCCAGCACAUGAAGCGAUGCUUUCCUCAGGGGGAACACAUUCUGUUACUAUGGUGUCUGCAGAUGGUACAGAGGGACAGGUGGCUAUAGUGACGCCAGAUCUGUCUGCGUACCAGGCAGAAGAUGGGGAGCUCAUACAAGAUCAGGAACAGCAUGUGGUUUCCACAAGCCCACACCCAGUCACGCUGCUGGCUACUUCUAACGGCACACACAUAGCUGUGCAGCUCAGUGAUCAGCCCUCUCUAGAAGAAGCCAUCAGAAUAGCAUCGAGAAUACAGCAAGGAGAAACACCUGGCAUGGACGAUUAACUCACAUUGUAAACCUUAUCACUGUGAACUAAACGUCACAAGGCUCGGUGUGUGUGUGUGUGAGUGUGUGUGUGUGUGUGUGUGUGUGUGUGUGAGUGAGUGUGUAUGUAUGUAAGUCUGGGUAUUAAAAAUCUGUCAAGCAUCAUAGUUUUUCAUAAUGCUGAUCGCUAUAUAUGAAGAAGAUAUUUUUGUGUGGAUAUGUACAUAACUGUUUUAAAAGUAGAGUUUUUUCUGUAUAUAUUUGAUUAUGCUAUUUUUGCAAGCUGUUAAGAAAAGGUCUACAAUUAUGAUAAAAGAAAAAGAAAAAAUAA